AUGUAUUUGCAAUCGAUUCCAACUUCUUUUUUGAACUGUGGUAGGUGCUUCAAAGCGACACUGAGACAAGGAUGUCAAGAAUGGUCAGUGGAAUUUGAUGACGGGGUGUUUGGUGAUGGUUGGAGUAGGUUUGUGAGAGAGAAUGGAAUGCAAGAGUUUGAUUUUAUUGUGUUCAAUCAUCAAGGAAGCAUGGUGUUUGACUUUUUAGUUUUUGACCAAUCUACAUGUGAAAGACAAUGCCCGAAGUUACUAGACGAAAUGGACGUAGAAGAGCCUCUCUCAGAAUCUGAUACGAUCCGUACACAUAGUAAGCUUUCUAGCAUUGCACGCUACAUUGCAUUAGUUGUACAAUAG